AUGCAAAAUAAUUCCUUCACAUCUCAAUCCUUAGUCAUACUCCUUUGGAACUCAAAUGGUCUUCAAAAUCAUAAAAAUGAACUAGCUGCAACACUGCACGAGAAACGGAUAGAUAUCGCCCUAAUAGCCGAAAUUCAUUUCACCACCCGAACAAAAUUCUCAAUCCCAGGUUAUCGCAUCAUCUCCACUCCACAUCCCGACGACACCGCCCACGCUGGGGCUGGAAUCAUCAUAAGAUCCUCACUUCAGUUCCAACAAGAACCUCCAAUACAAGAAGAUUAUAUCCAAGCUGCUGUAAUAAAAUUAAUAAUUAAACACAUCCCAAUCACAAUAGCUUCUGUAUACUGCCCCCCAAAGCACAAAAUCAAUCUAACCCAAUACGAACAAUUCUUUAUCGCCCUCGGCCAUUACUUCAUAGUUGGAUGA